AUGGAGCCUGGCGGGGACCACCGGAGCCGGAGCGGCGGCGGCAGGGGCGGCCCCGGGCCAGCAGCGGCCUCGGCACGGGGCCGACGGCUGCCGCCCGCCGGAUCGAGCGGCGGCGCGGAGCCCGAGGAGGACGACGGCGGGCAAGAUCUUCAGCUGGAAGGGGGUGCCUUGGGGACCUGGGGGAGUGCCCCCCUGCCCUCCUCCAGGGCCAGGGGACCAGCAUCCUCAGGCAGGAAAUACUCAGACCACUGCGAGGCCCGGGCCUCGAGGCCUGGAAAGAGCCGCAUCCCUGGCCGUGACCACCGGCGCUACUACCACGACCACUGGCGGCUGGAGUACCUGAUGGACUUCAACCCUGCCCGUCACGGCAUGGUGUGCAUGGUGUGCGGCAGCUCCCUGGCCACUCUCAAGCUCAGCACCAUCAAGCGACACAUCCGCCAAAAGCACCCCUACUCCCUGCAUUGGAGUCCCCGGGAGAAGGAAGUCAUCAGCAACAGCUGGGAUGCCCACUUGGGGCUGGGGGCCUGUGGAGAGGCUGAGGGCCUAGGGGCCCAGGGGGCUGAGGAGGAGGAGGAGGAGGAGGAGGAAGAGGAGGAGGAAGGGGCCGGCCUCCAGGCUUGCCCUCCCAAGGGCCCAGGCAAAGCCCCAGCUGGUGGGGGCAGCCGGCGCCAGCGGCGAGGGGGCCCAGGGGCACCCCGGGCUCGGCGUCGGCGCCUGUCUGCCUCCCGGAGGGCUGGGGGCAGCAGGGGGCUGGGUGCCCGGCGCCUGGAGCGGAGGCUGAAGGAGUCCCUGCAGAACUGGUUCCGGGCAGAGUGUCUCAUGGACUAUGACCCGCGGGGGAACCGGCUGGUGUGCAUGGCCUGUGGCCGGGCGCUACCCAGCUUGCACCUGGAUGACAUCCGUGCCCACGUGCUGGAGGUGCACCCCAGCUCCCUGGGGCUCAGCGGCCCCCAGCGCAGCGCCCUGCUGCAAGCCUGGGGUGGCCAGCCUGAGGCACUGUCUGAGCUCACCCAGCCCUCCCCACCAGACGAUGACCUCGUCCCCCAGGACCUGACCAGAAAGAGCCGGGACUCGGCCCCCGCUGCUGGAGCCCCCUCCUCUCAGGAUCUCAGCCCCCCAGACGUAAAGGAAGAGGCUGGCUGGGUCCCUGAGAGGCCCGGGCCGGCAGAGGAGGAGGAGCUGGAGGAGGGCGAGAGGGUGGGGAUCCCGGGCCGGUCUCCGCGGGGCCGCGACCACCGCCGCCACUACCAGGAGCGCUGGCGGCUGGAGUACCUCAUGGAGUUGGACGGCGGCCGGCGCGGCCUGGUGUGCAUGGUGUGCGGGGGCGCGCUGGCCUCGCUCAAGAUGAGCACCAUCAAGCGGCACAUCCGCCAGCGCCACCCGGGCUCCACGCGCCUCAGCGGGCCAGUCAGGGCCCUCAUCGCCCAGGAGUGGAGCGAGAAGGCCGCCCACCUGCUGGCCUUGGGGCUGCCCUGCCCCGAGUCCCCCAGGGACCCUGCCGCCCCCAGCACAGCCGCAGCCUCCGAGGAGGGGGGAGGGGAAGAGGAGGAGGAGCCAGAGGAGGAGGAGGAGUGGUGGGGCGAUGUCCCGCUUUCCCCUGGAGAACCGUCGGAGCGGCCCGCCGAGGAAGAGGAGGACGAUGAGGACGGCCCAGAGCCCGGGGGACUCGCUUUCCCACCGCUGCCGCCGCCGCCGCCGCCCCCGCCGCCGCCGCCCCCGCCCCGCAGCCGAGAACAGCGGCGGAACUACCAGCCGCGCUGGCGGGGCGAGUACCUGAUGGACUACGACGGCAGCCGGCGCGGCCUGGUGUGCAUGGUGUGCGGGGGCGCGCUGGCCACGCUCAAGGUCAGCACCAUCAAGCGGCACAUUCUGCAGGUGCACCCCUUCUCCAUGGACUUCACGCCCGAGGAGCGCCAGACCAUCCUGGAGGCCUACGAGGAGGCGGCACUACGCUGCUACGGCCACGAGGGCUUUGGACCGCCCGCCCCGGCGCCGCGCGACGGCGGCGCGGACCUCAAGGCGGGCGCCGUGUGUCGGGCGUAGAGGACUCGCACUCGAGGGGCCGUGC